UCACGCAUACACCGUUCCACGCUGUACACUGUGUCGGCCGAAUCGUUUUCGCACGCAGUCUUGUUUACCACUUGUUGCUUCAGAAGUCACGUGCUCGUAACCCGUCUUCGCUGUCGUAAUCGAGACACGUUCGUAGGUGAGUGAUGUUUUGAUUAUUAUUAUAACUAUUAUGCUCGGGUCUGCUAUACACCUACCUUUGAACAUCGUCCCGUCGCGUUUUACUGUAAAAAUUAUUAGCACGCAGAGUAUUUUUGUAAUUUAAGGUGAUUCAAAUUGUUUUCGUUUUCGCAACGAAAUAUUAGAUAGAUUCAACAAUAUUCUUCUAUGAAAAUUUGUAAAUGCCAUUUAUAAACUUCGAAAAGUUGUAGAAACUUAACAAUUCGUCAUUAGUAAAUAUUUUGUUUCGAUAAUAAGCUAUCUUGGUUGGCGUUAAAACAAAUUUUUUAAAAAAAGGUAAUUGUACAUAUAGUUACAACGAAAUGCAUAUAUAAAAUAGAGGAAUCAUAGCGCAAGAUUAAUUAUUAUUAACUAUUAUUUGAAAAAUAUUUUUUUUAAAUAUUUGGUAGGACAAAAGUUAUUGCGUGUAUCGAAUCUUUGUGGAACAUCCUCUAUAACAUAAGUGCCGAUCAUUCAUUAUCACGAUUAAUUUUAAUUUUUAAAAACGUGCAUAAAUACCGUAGAACGUAGGUACGUUCUUCUAGUAACGUACUUUUUAACGUAUAUUCUUAUAUUAGCACUUUCUAGGCGUAGAUCAGUCCCUCAACAUAUUCUACCAAUUUUUUAGUUAUUUAAAACGUUCGAUUUUUUUUUAGUUUCUAUAUGGUUAAAUGCGGAUACAAUUUAAUACGAGUUCAUUAUAAGAUGUCUUAAUGAUCAAUAUAUGGUUUUACAAGUGGAACUAAUGCAGUUAUUAAAUUUUGUAAGGAUUUAAAGUUCAAAUUUUAAAAAAAUCGUAAAAUCGUGGCAUUUCAACAUUUUCAACUCAACUUUGCUCAGAAUGGUUUUUCGUUAACAAUGAUUUAUUGUUUCGGUAUAUACAAAUACGAAUUGAUAAAUUUGCCUACUUAACAUUAUGAAAUAGAGUUUGAUAAAUUACCCUUUAUAUCACUAUUCUAUAUAAUUUGUUUUAAGCGUCGAUUACUCGAACAUUUUUAUAAGAGUGUGUUUCCAUGAGAGUAGGAUUUUAUAUCUAUAAAAUAUCGUGAAAUUUUUCCUUCUGAAAUUGAAAUUUUAAGACCUUGACAAUUAAUCGAACGUGCCAUUAUUUUAACUAUGUACCUUUACAUUAUAUUAUAUGUAUUUGAAAAACAAAUAUUACACACAAGUUUUGCGUGGCUCUUUUGAAUAAUUUUGAAUAUUAUUAGUGUUAUUACAAUAUAAUAUGAUAAUAAUUAUAUAUGGAUAGGUAUCAACUGCACCCGUUUUGAUGUAUCGAUCAGUCUUAGAAAUUAAGUGUUUUGUAUUUUACAUUCCACGCGUUUUACAUUUUGACUGUGAUAUACCUGAUGAUGAAUUUUUAAUUCUUAACUGGUCGUAUAAUACACUUAUCAUAAUACUACAGGCGUUGCAUUUAUUUAUUUAUUUAUAUAUUUUUACAUUUAAUAUAUACGUCGUAUUAUGGUAAAAUAUUCACAUAGGCAAUAUAUAUUUUCUAUAACAAUAUUUAUUUAUUAUAUUGUACCAAUUUUCCGUUUUCCCAGUUUUCUCAUGUUUUUUUCCCGGUUUUUCCCAUUUAUUGGGAAAACUCUUGGGAAAAUCAAAAAAAGAUCUGCCCAAUGCACUUCCUCGAUCAGAUUUCCUUUUAUAAUAAACGCUACACUUGUAAAUCGAAUUCUGGUAAACAAGUUGUCCACAGAAAAAAAAAAUGCAAAUAUAAAAAAUAAACUUUGUAAAACCAUAAGUUCCUUCACUCCACCCAGAAUCUAGAAGUUCUACUCCGUCGGCUAUUAUUUUAUCUUAGGCCAUCGGUUUUCAUUUUAAUAUUAUUUUAUAUUAUCGCUUUAUCUAGUGUUUAAACUCUAAUUAACACGUGGUGUCUGUACAUUAUUAAAAUAUUAUAUUAUAACAAUCUGAUAGCGAAAAAAAUUGAUUUUAAUUGGAACGGAAUGGUAUUUUUUAAAUAUUAUUUUCCGAUAACUCAUAUAACAUAUAGGCGGGUAACGUUUGUGUUUUACUUCGGUUAUAUAAUAUAAUGUGUUUUUUUUAAAUGCUAAGCGCGGCGAGAGACUUAUUGAUUUUACUAUGAUAAUAACUAUGUUUUUUUUUUUGUGUGUCUGUGUGUAGCUUUUCGACCACAGAGCUUGAUAAAUGACAACAGUUAUUUUUUUUUUUUGCAUUUGGAUCUAAUACGUGCAUUAAUGAAGUUGUUGUUUGAUUUUCCAAUAGAUUUUCAUAAUAAUUGGGAAAAACCAGAAAUAAAUUAUCGGAGUGGACGAAUAUUUACGGUGCGCCGCGGCGUUGUCGAUUUCAUAAUUUUCAAUUUUUACAUAUUAUGUCUUUUACCAGAAAACUUGCUUUAAUCCAAAGGAUCUAUUUUAUUGAAUUUUUGAUCUAAUUAGUGGGUGAAUGAGUCGGUUUUAAUUUUCUUGGUGGUUUUUUUUUUUUUGAAAUGGGAAAACCUAUUAAAAUACGGUGGUAUAAUGGUUUUAAGAUCAAAUUUUGAUAAAAAUAAAUAUUACGGUCUUUCAAAUUAUGUAUAAGCGGACUUCGUUGUUCGUUAGGUAUACUUUAUCGUUGUUUACAGAUAUAAAAGAAAUGACUUAACGUAUUCUAUCUUUCCAAAAUACUAAUUUCUACUUACAGUGGUUCACUCAUUAGUGUUAAAUAUUUUUAGAUUCUGAGCGUAUGUUUAUUUUUGAUUAAUUUUUUCUGCGGACAACUUUUCUAUCAGCAUUUUGCUUCGAGUUUUAAGUAUAGUACUUUUUUUUUUAAAGGAAAUCUAACGACUGGUCAUUUUUUGGUUUUCCCAGGAGUUUUCCCAAUUAAUGGGAAAUUUUGGUUUUUAUUCACCUCAAAAUAUUUUUAGAGAUUUGAUGUUUGGACAGGAUAUUUGUAUUUGCAUUUUUUAGACGUGGUAAAAUUUUCAAAUUGUAAUCAUUUUUGAGCUAUUUAUAGAUAUUUUAAUUUUACAGGAUUUUUUACGUAAUUUUUGUUCGGUAGGUACUCUGUGGAUAAAAUUGUUAGACCAAACAGAAAUGCUCUCCUUAGCUCCCGUGGCCAUUCUACCACUAAUUAUUAUUUAUCUACUAAUAUUGGACAAUGAUCUAAAACUAAAUUUUAUAUGAUAUAAAAUAUAAAUUAGGGGAAGAUGUUGUAAGUACAAAUAUCGUACGCUAACAAUUGUAUUUUAGUAAAGAAAAAAAAAUAGAGAUGGCUGACGAUAAAAACCCACAGUGCCAACAGAAAAUUGAUCCACAUUUUGGGACCAAAGCCAUUCACGCCGGUCAAAACCCAGAUCAGUGGACGUUCAAAGACGUCGUGCCACCGAUCGCGUUGACCACCACCUACAAACAAUACGGUCCGAACGAUCAUGCCGUAAGUUUUAUGACAAACUCAAUAUUCUCGUAGUAGUGUUUUACAAAUAUUUUAAUAUUACGACAUUGUACAAUAAUUUACAGGGAUUCGAGUACACUAGAUGCGGAAAUCCUAUUAGAAAAGUGCUACAGGAAUGCAUUGCGUCCCUAGAAGACGCUAAACACUGUUUGACGUACGCGUCUGGACUGGCGGCCACCACCGCAACAAUCCAACUGCUGAAAGCCGGUGAUCACGUAGUAUGCGGCGAUGACAUGUACGGAGGCACGAACCGUUAUUUUCGAAAUAUCGCAUCAAAAUUCGGAUUAAAAUUCACCAUGAUUGACAUGACAGACCUGAAGAACGUGGAAAACGCAAUUUUGCCGGAAACCAAGGUAUGUCGCAGCCGAAUUAUAAAUUUUUAAAAUUCCCGUUUUAAAAAGGUACUUUAUGAAGGUGAGCCAAAUUGUUUGCUGUUUAAUACCUACAUUUAUACAGUAAACACAACCAAUAAAUGUAGGUCUAAUGUAUUACAUUUUUAAAUUUUUAUUUAACUUGUAUCAUACUACGGCUGAUAUUCUACAGUUACAUCAAGGUAAUAAAAUAAUGUUAUAUCAGCGUAUUGCCAAAAAUACCAUGAUCGAUUAAGAUAACGUCAAUUCAUCUGGAUAUACGUAUCUAUAUGGCUAUAUAUACCAAUACAAAAUACGGAAUAGAAUCUAGCAUAAAAUGUAACUAAUAUUUUAAGUUGACAGUCCCGAGCCUGUAAAAAUGAGAAUUGAAAUGUGCGUAAUUUACUAUCUUACUGCGAACAGUGGGAACUAAUUCGACCAGUUGUGGGUACAUCACACAUUUAAACAGGAACCAAUCCGGCUCACUUUCAUAAAAUACCUAGCUUUUUUAAUGGGAACCAAUUAUACCGAAUGUGAAUAAAUUCGGAUACACCCAAAAAUUAACCUCCAUAAUUUUCCAACUAUACAAAAUUCGGUACCAUAAACCAUACAAUUGAUCAACAUAGAUCGCUUCGAUCAGAAUCUAAAAAAAAAAAAUUAUAAUUGAAAAUCGCAUAAAAAAUACUAAAAUAAUAUGUUAAACAGGUACAUUCUUUGGCAAAGCACAAAUGAGUAUUGUAGUGUGUUGUAGACUAUUGUUAUUAUAUAGAAAAAAAAAUCAAUAAAAAAAAAAUUACAGAAAAAAAAAACAUUUUCUUUUGUUGUUAGAACACAAGUAUAUAUGGAUUCAAUCGAUUAUUGUUUAUCAAAUCACUUAUAUUGUGAGCACUGAAUACUAUAAUCGUUGUUUAAAAAAUCAUCCCAAUUCAAUAUCUAAAUUUCAAUUUCAAUUUUAUCAAAAUCUAAAAGUAUUUAUAAUAAUAAAAUUCUUUUUAAAAAUAGAUAAAAGUACCAUUCGAAGUGGUUUUAGAGCUGCUACUAUUGUAAAAUAUUUUGAUAAAUGAAAACAUUUUGGAGACGACCUCAUGAGCGUUCUACAAUAUUCUCUAAAUAAUCAGCUCGUAAUAUUGAAUAAUGGUACAAUAACUGUAGUUCGUACUAACUGCCAACUUUAUAUUUUCUUAAAUAAUCCUUGUGAAAUCGAUUUUAGACUACUUGCCAGUUUAUUUACCACAUAAAAUCAUCAUCGGUACUACGGCCUAUUAAAAACGACGACGACAGUACAUAAUAAUCAAUGCAUUUCCGGGGGGAUAAAUCGAUGUGAUAAUUCGUUUUUGAAAUACUUCGAAAUUAAUAAUAAACACGCGUUCUAGUAAUAUUAUUUGUUUACAGUGAUACUUGAUUUAUUUUUAUUUAAAAUAUUGUUUUCAAUUACAGUUGGUAUGGCUGGAGAGUCCUACGAAUCCGUUGAUGAGAGUAUCGGAUUUGAAGGCGAUCGCGACGUUCGCGCACAAGUUUCGGGAAGAUAUUCUAGUUGUGGUUGACAACACGUUCCAGACUGCUUACUUUCAAGUAAGCGUUUAAAAAUUAACAGAGUUUCGAAUGUCGUGAGAAACCCACAAACUGCCGUAUAAAUCUAUGCUGUUUUUCGAAAUACCGUUUCUGUCGAGUAUGGACUUGGAGAAAAACAAAUUGAAAAUUGAAAAAUUACUCUUCAUGAUAAUUUGACAGAAUAUAAUAUUAGUCAGAGUUAAAAAUUAAUACAUAUCAUCAAUACUUGACGAGUGAUUGAUUAAAUAGUUUAAUGGGCAAUUAACGAAAAAAUAUAUUUUUUUUGAAAAGACGUGUUUUUUUCGACGUUGAUUCUGAAAAUAUUUUAUUAACCGUUUAGUGAGCCGUCCCUUGCACCCGCAAUUGUUUAUUUCAUAUAUAUAUACAGCAUUUAAACAAACUAUUUACCUACGUAACUUCUAAAAUAAUAGUUGUCGAAAAAUGUUGAUUGCACCGGUAUCUUCAGUAUUAAAACCCCUACGUGUUUUCAAAAAAUUUUUUUAAAGUUAUUCGAAUUUUUUUUUUUAAUCAUAAUUAAAAAUCCUAUUAUAUUGGUUUCCGAAAAAAAUUUAAAUGCUUUUAAAACCAAUAUCAAAAAAAAAAAAGUUGGCCAGUAAAGUGGACUUGUUUCAAGAGCAAAAUAACAAGUAUCAUGUAUGUUUUUCAAAAAUCGAGGAGGGUUAAUAGUAAAAUUCCAGUGUGAUAAGAUAUUGGAAACGUUAUAGGUUACCUAACCUAACCUAACCUUGUUAGUAUAAGACAGCUUCCGAUUUUAAAUUCCCAAAAUAUGAUUUCAUAAGUGCAAUUUCCGCACACUUUUGCAGUAAAACUGAAUUACGUUUUUAAACUACAAUUUUCACUAAUAUAUUAUGUUUAAUGAAAUGUUUUUUUUAUAGAAACCUCUCCAGUUGGGCGCGGACAUCGUACUCUACUCGCUGAGUAAAUAUAUGAACGGUCAUUCGGACGUCAUAAUGGGCGCUCUUGUCAUAAACGAUACGCCGCUGUUCGACAGUCUCGCUUAUAUUCAGAAUUGUAAGUGCAUGUUAUUAUUUAUUUAAUUUAUUGGUGAAUAUCCUAUGAAUUUACUCAUUAGAUAAAUUUAUAUUUUACACAAAUUACUUAAAAUUAAAAUUACAAAUUAGGUAGAAAUGUUUUUAUAAAUGCAGUCUCAAGUUUAGAUAAUAGAUGAUCAACAUCAAAAUCAAAAUUAAUGUAAAUGUUACAUUCCUCAAGAAUACGAUACUUCUGGCUAUUUUGAAUAUAUCUUUUAUAGAAUUAAAUUUCUGAUAUAUAUAGGUUUAUUAAUCAUUUUUAAACAUUGGUUUCUUAAAUUUUAUACGGGCUAGAAAAGUAGAACAACGGGUCCUAAGAUUAACUUUACUAAAAAAAAGAUAUUGAAAUACUUUCGACGCAAACUUAACCUAACCUAACCUUGGCCAAAGAUUUUAAACCACAAUAAUUUGAAAUAACUUCAGAGUAUACCAGUUUUAUGACCCAAUAUUCUUGCAAACCUUUUUUGAAUUCUAUCAAGUUUGUUACUCAGCCCAAAUUGAUUAGGGUUCCAAAUUCAGGUGUAAAUCUGUUUAAUAACAUUUAAAGUUAUUAACUAUUCAUUAAACAACUCUCCACUUAAUCCAAUCCAGAGUUCUUAAAGUCUUACCAUAUAUUUCAUUAACAGGAGUAGGUACUAAAUAAUGGUAUUGAUGUAAGUAUAUUUAUAAUUAUUUACUACUAUCACUUAUAAAAUAUUCAAAGUUUUGGUGGGAUUUACGCCAGCAAAAAAAAAAUAUGUGCGCCUAUAAAUUCAAGACCGCCUUGGUUACACCAAUAAAAAAAUGUGCUUAUAAUUAUAACUUUUAAUUUUUAAUAUUUGUUUUCUUCAAUUAUGUGGCACACAGCGUGCGGUAUCAUGUCAUCACCGUUUGACUGUUACUUGGUCAACCGCGGUCUGAAAACUCUGCACGUCCGUAUGAAGGAACACAUGAGAAACGGAUUAGCCGUGGCCCGAUUCCUGGAGCAGCAUCCGCUCGUUGAGAGUGUCAUGCAUCCCGGCUUACCAUCGCAUCCCCAACAUGCCGUUGCUGUACGCCAGUGCAGUGGUUUCAGCGGUAUGUUGUCGUUCUACAUCAAAGGUGGUCUGGACGAGGCAACCAGAUUUUUGCAGGCUAUCCGGGUUUUCUGUUUGGCUGAGAGCCUCGGUGGUUUUGAAAGUCUAGCUGAUCACCCGUGAGUAUAUUAAUAAUAAUUCUAUGGCGUAUAAGUAAUUCAUACUAUUCUCCAAAAUCAGACAACUGCCAGAAGACUCCAAAUAACUGUUUAACUAGUUUUAAGUUCAAUAAUUAAAAAAAAAAAAUAGCUAAACUAAGUUAUGUAAUUAAUUUUAAAAAAUUAAUUAAUUUGAGUAACUCAUGUUAAGUUACAAGUUUUCAGAAAAAUUAUAACUUCAGUUAGGUAAUUUAAAAGUUGUUUUUUUAACUACACCAUAAAUGUAUUUUGUAUUGAAAUAUUUAUGGGUAUUCUAUAAGACUCAUGCUUUUGUAACUUUAUCCACGUAUAAUAAUUGCAAAAACAUAUGUACAGCUUUUAAUACAAAUAAAUGCAUAAACAACUUUUUAGAAAUAACUUAAAUUUUAACAAAAAAAAAAAAUUCAAGUUAGUAGCUAAAUUAUUUUCUAACAUUUUUUUUUUUUAUAACUAGCUAAUUUAUCAAACAAGUUAAUUUUUAACUUUUUAACGAAUUACUGUCUAGCAUUGCUUUUUCCUAUAAUACCAUUCUCACAAAAACCAUGGCAUAUACAGAAUGAUUUUUUUAUUAAAUAACACUCAUUAUUUCAAAAAGUAUUAACUUUUUUCAACAUUUUUUUUUUUGAAUACUUAAAAAAUAAAUAGUUUUAAAAUGUUAUGUGAUCAUUUUUUUUGUACCCCUUUUUUUUGGAAGUGAAAUGACUGCCUAUUUUUCAAUUUCAAAAGGUAACCUAUAUUGAGAAUGCUUCAAAUAGAUGGAGUAUUAUUUUAAAUAAAUGUUAUUGUUACCCUGCUUGCCGUACCGUCACACAAAUAAUACUCCACUACUCUCCUCCAACCUGAACUAAAAAGUGGAAUAUCUCGUUAAUGGGUGAACGGAAAUCAAAAAUUUCAACACCAAAAUUUAUUUUAAAUAAUACUUCACUAAUAAUAAUGUAUAAUGUUGGUUCAGUUUAGAGGGUGUAGUUCAUGAAUUUUAAAAAUUUCAUACAAAAUAUUUGUAAAAUAAAAUUAUAAAAUUUGCAUGAGUUAAACUGUAAUUUUAGACGGUUAAUUUUUUGGACUUAGUAGCAAACAGAACAAUAUACUGAGACUUAAUUUUUUUAUCUAGUUUUUGUUAGUCUAGAACACUUAUCAUGUGUUAUUUAAUGACUCCUCAAUUAUCUUAUCACUUAUUAUUUAUACUUCCCUAGUUUAAUAACGUAAAAUUAAAACAAAGUUUGUACCCUUGUAAGAAAAUAUAAUAUUUAUUAUGCACAAUAAUCUAAAACAAUAUAUUUUAUAAUACCUACUUAUAAUACUAAUAAUUUUUUUUUAAUACAUAUAAUGAUUUUAUGUAAAUUGCACUAUAGCAUUACGAAAAAAAACGAUUUCCGAGGAGGCACACAUAUCCCCAGUACCUCCCCCUGACAACGGCACUGGUAUCGAGGAUGCGAUAGAAAUUUGAGUUAUCCUGGGAAAGGUUAUGCUCAAUAUCUAAAUGACUAUUUCACACCAGCAGUAUUAAACAUUUUCUCCGUUAUACUGCAAGGGUGUCAAAAAUAUAAAAUACUAGUUAAAACUUUAAAACAAUUUCGAAGCCUAUUUACUUAUCAAUUUUAAUCAAAAACGGUUUUGUUUUAACUAUUUUGUGUUUUAUUUUUCAGAGCGUUAAUGACUCACGCUUCGGUUCCCCCUGAAGAACGAAAGGCUCUGAGGAUUAGUGAUAAUUUAAUUCGUCUGUCCGUGGGAAUAGAAUCCGAAGAAGAUUUGAUCGCCGAUCUCGACCAAGCAUUAAAGGCUUCGGUUCAAAAAUAAAAUAACUUGAUACUCUUAUUAUUAACUAAUAAUUAAUGUUAUACAUAUACAUUUUUUCUAAUUAUAAUCUCUAAUUGGUUAUAAUAUUCUUAUUCUUAUAAUAGUUAUUAUUAAUAAACAUUUAUGGAUCCAGUUGUAUUCGUUUUGUCUUUGGCGCCACUCGCUUCGAGUGCCUGGUUCAAAUCAUCAAUCAGGUCCUGGACGUAUUCUAAACCGAUUGACAAUCUCACUAGAUUUUCAUAGAUACCAAUAGAAUAUUUCUGUUCGUCAGUUAGCGAAGCAUGUGUCAUUUUAGUACUGUGAAACAACAACGAAAAAAAAUACAUGAG